CAGUCCCGGGGUCGCGGGGUCGCGGGGGCGGCGCGGUGGCCGGGGCGGGGCGCGCGCGCGGCGGGGCUUUGGGGCUGGGCUCCCGGGGCUGGUCCCGCGCCCGGCCGGGCGGCGCCAUGCUGCGCUACCUGCUCCAGACGCUGCUGCACGCGAACCUGCUCGCCGAGUCCCUGGCGGCCGACGGCGCCACCUCCAGCGACCUGCUCCUCGCCGGCAACUCCUCGGCCGCGCCGCUUCUGCCCAGCUCGCCGGCCCCCGGAGCAACUCUCAACGGGUCCAGGGUGGGGCCGGAGGACGCGAUGCCGCGCAUCGUGGAACAGCCGCCAGACCUGGUGGUGUCGCGGGGCGAGCCGGCCACGCUACCCUGCCGCGCCGAGGGCCGGCCGCGGCCGCACAUCGAAUGGUACAAGAACGGGGCGCGCGUGGCCACGGCGAGCGAGGACCCGCGCGCACACCGCCUGCUGCUGCCCAGCGGCGCGCUCUUCUUCCCGCGCAUCGUGCACGGGCGCCGUGCGCGGCCAGACGAGGGCGUGUACACCUGCGUGGCGCGCAACUACCUGGGGGCCGCAGCCAGCAGGAACGCCUCGCUGGAAGUGGCAGUCCUCCGGGAUGACUUCCGCCAGUCCCCGGGAAAUGUGGUGGUGGCCGUAGGGGAACCAGCAGUGAUGGAAUGUGUGCCUCCCCGUGGCCACCCAGAGCCCUCAGUUUCCUGGAAGAGGGCAGGCAUGAGAAUCCGGGAAGAAGAGGGCAGGAUCACGAUCCGUGGAGGGAAGCUGAUGAUGUCAUACACACUCAAGACUGACACAGGGAUGUACGUGUGCGUGGCCUCCAAUGUGGCAGGAGAGCGGGAGAGCAACCCGGCCCGCCUGCUGGUGCUGGAGCGCCCCUCAUUCCUGCUAAGACCCCUGAACCAGGUGACCUUGGUGGACAGCUCCGUGGACUUCCAGUGUUUGGUUCAAGGGGACCCUGUGCCUCGUGUGCACUGGCGCAAGGAGGAUGGGGAGCUGCCUGCCAGCAGGUAUGAGAUGCGGAGCAACCACACCCUGUGGAUGACCCACGUACGCCCUGAAGAUGAGGGCACAUACACCUGCGUGGCUGAGAACAGCGUGGGGCACGCUGAGGCCUCGGGCACCCUCACAGUUCAUGUCCCACCCCAGCUGGUGACUGAGCCAGAGGACCAGAUGGCAGCCCCUGGUGAGAGUGUGGUUUUCCAGUGUGAGACCAAAGGAAACCCCCCACCUGCUGUCUUCUGGCAGAAGGAGGGAAGCCAGGUCCUUCUUUUCCCCAGCCAGUCACCCCAGCCCCCUGGGCGUGUCUCUGUGUCCCCUGGAGGCCAGCUCCGCAUCAGUGACGUGCAGAGGGCAGAUGGGGGCUACUACACAUGCCAGGCAGUCAGCGUGGCAGGCAGCAUCCUGGCCAAGGCCCGGCUGGUGGUGAAAGGAGCCUCCUUGGAGGGGCUGCCUCCUGUAAUCCUCCAGGGGCCAGCCAACCAGUCGCUGCCACUGGGAUCUCCUGUGUGGCUGCCGUGCCGGGUAGCCGGGCAGCCCCCACCCACUAUCCGCUGGAAGAAGGAUGAGCGAUGGCUGCAGGAGAAUGACCUCCAGCUCCAGCUCCUGGCCAAUGGCACCCUGCACAUAAUCAGCCUACAGGAGGCGCACAUGGGGCUGUACACCUGUGUGGCUCAGAGCGCCUCAGGGGAGGCCACCUGGAGGGGCUGGCUGCGGAAACGGGAUAUUGGGGGGGUGUCACCAGCCCCUACUACUGAACCCAGUGCCCCUCCAGGGCCUCCCUCGAAGCCCGUUGUCACUCACGUCACCAGCAACAGCAUCACACUGAGCUGGAAGCCCAGCCCUGAGGCUGGGACCUCCGCCACCUCCUAUGUGAUCGAGGCCUUCAGCCAAGCCUUGGGCGACACGUGGCUGACAGUAGCGGAUGACGUGCAGCUGGAAACACAUACGGUCACCGGGCUGCAGCCCAACAAUAUCUACCUAUUUCUGGUGCGCGCCUUGAGCACCUGGGGCCUCAGUGAGCCCAGCCCCAUCUCCGAGCCUGUCCACACUGAGGACAGCAGCCCCUCGCGGCCAGUGGAGAACCCGUGGAGGGGCCAGCAGGAAUUGGCAGAUGUGGUCAUUCACAUCCAGGAGCCCGUCACCCUCGGACCCCGGACCCUUCAGGUGUCCUGGACUGUAGAUGGCCCUGUCGAGCUGGUGCAAGGUUUCCGGGUAUCCUGGAGGGUGGCAGAUCCUGACGGGGGAAGGUGGACUGUGCUGGACCUCCUGGCCCCGAGCCAUCAAACUACUGUGCUGAGAGGACUCCCCCCAGGAGCCCUGGUUCAGAUCAAGGUGCAAGUCCAAGGCCAGGACGGUGGGCUAGGGCCGGAGAGCCCGAUGGUGACCAGGAGUGUUCUGGAGGAGGCCCCCAGUGGUCCCCCCCAGCGCGUGACAGUGACCUUGGGGGGUGAAGGCAACAGCAAUAUCACUUUGUCCUGGGAACCCCCACUUCCCUCCCAGCAAAAUGGGGUCAUCAAGGAAUACCAGAUCUGGUGCUUGGGCAACGAGAGCCGCUUCCACCUCAACCUGUCUGCGGCGGGCGGGGCGCGCUCGGCGGUGCUCCGGGGGCUGCGGCCCGGGGUGCUCUACAGGGCCUUGGUGGCGGCGGCCACGGGCGCGGGCGCAGGGGUGCCCAGCGCCCCGGUGCUGGUACAGCUGCCGUCCCUGCCCGAGCAGGAGCCCGGGCUGGAGGCGGGUCCGGGGCUCGGGGCGCGGCUGGCCCGAGUGCUGCGGGAACCCGCCUUCCUGGCCGGCAGUGGCGCCGCCUGCGGGGCGCUGCUCCUCGGGCUGUGCGGCGCCCUCUACUGGCGCCGGCGGCAACGCAAGGAGCUCAGCCACUACACUGCCUCCUUCGCCUACACACCUGCAGUGUCUUUCCCACACUCAGAGGGCCUCUCAGGAGCCAGUUCCAGGCCACCCGUGGGUCUUAGCUCGGCUCCCUACCCGUGGUUGGCCGACUCGUGGCCCCACCCGUCCCGAAGCCCCUCUGCUCAGGAGCCACGGGGCAGCUGCUGCCCAAGCAACCCGGACCCUGACGACAGAUAUUACAAUGAAGCCGGCAUCUCCCUCUACCUGGCUCAGACAGCCCGGGGUGCCCCUGCCCCCUCUGAGGGUCCUGUCUACAGCACCAUUGACCCAGCUGGGGAAGAGCUUCAGACCUUCCAUGGGGGGUUCCCUCAGCACCCCUCGGGGGACCCUGGCACCUGGAGCCAGUAUGCGCCUCCAGAAUGGAGCCAGGAGGACUGUGGAGCCUGGGGAGGCAAGCUCAAGCUCCUGGGCAAAACCAUGCAGUCCCCAGCACUUGGCUGGCCAGAGGCCUUACCACCACCUCCCCCAUCCUGCGAACUGAGCUGCCUGGAGGGGCCUGAGGACGAGCUGGAGGCCAGCUCUGAGCCAGAAGAGUGGGGCCCACCCAUGCUGGAGAGGAGACACCCAGCAGAGCCUGGCUCCAGCAGGGUGUGCUUGAUCCCUCUGGCCCGAGCAAAAACCCCCUCUCCCACACCUUCCUAUGGACAGCAGUCCACGGCCACUCUCACCCCCUCACCUCCUGAUCCUCCCCAGCUCCCCACCGACAUGCCCCAUCUGCACCAGACACCCAGGAGGGGCCCCCCAGAGCCAGGCACCCCUCUCAGUGUGCCCCAGCUCACACCUGGUAACCACGAGGGGAGGCCUGCUGCCCCAGGUGCAGGCCCUCCAGCCUCCCAUCACCCCAGCCCCAAUCCUGUUCCUAGUGCAGCCAGCAGCACCCCCGGGAGGACACGCCAGGCACCUGGGGAGAUGACUCCCCCACUUCAGGGGCCCCGUGCCCGAGUCAGGAAGAAGCCCAAGGCUGCUCCCCACAGGCGGGAGCACAGUCCCGGGGACCUGCCACCGCCACCCUUGCCACCCCCAGAGGAAGAGGGGAGCUGGGCCUCAGGGCUGAGAGCUGCUGGGAGCAUGUCCUCCCUGGAGCAGGAGCGGGACCACAGUGGGGACAGAAGGCUGGCGCAGGUGCAGCGGGACAUCCACCCCGAUGAUGAGGCCUGGCCCCCCUACAGCCGGCCGAGCUUCCUGCCUCGAGGCCAGGGUGGUGGCACCUGUUCCACUGCUGGCAGCAACUCCUCUCGAGGCUCAGGCAGCUCCCGGGGCUCUCGGGGCCCUGGCCGGAGCCGCAGCCGCAGCCAGAGCCGAAGGCCAGGACAAAGCCGGCGAGAGGAGCCAAGAUGACACUUGACAAGUGUGUCAGGAGUUCUGUGGACGGAACAGUCCCUGGGCAACAGGGAGCCUAUUGGACAGCAGAGAGAAGCAGGGAGGUGUCUCUUCCCUCCUGGCAAUAAUGUGUGGGGCUCCCUGGAGAAUCACCCAGAGAGCCCGUUGUCUCUUUCCAUCAUUUUCUAAUGGAGACCUAUUUGUAAAAAAAUAUAUAUAUAUAUAUAUCAUAAUAAGUAAUUAAUUAAAAGAUAAUGAGUCUGA